UAUUUCGUCAUUUUUCUAUCUAAAUCAUGUAGUUUAAUUUAAGUGAUUACCAAUUAUAUAAUUUAGGUUUUCAACUAAAUUAACAAUUAUUAUUUAUAUAUUCAGUGUUUGUUGCAAUCGAAAUGUCGAGCAAAGAUUAUUACAAAUCAUGGCUAAAAUUGAAAGAACAGAUGAACACAGCAUUCGCGGAAGAUGCCCGAUUACAGGAGCUGGCGAUACUCGAGAAAGGCCUGAAACCUCAAGGGACCGCUGUGGAAGUAGUCUCCAGAGUCUACAACAAGUACUGUGACAUCUACAACAAACUGUGCGAUUGCUACGAUAUGAUGGCACAAGUCCAAAGGAGAACUUAUAUCAAGAAGAUCAUUGAUGCUAUCACGUGUAGAAUAUUAGAAUUAAAAUUAACGUUGCAAGAAGUGGAAGUGUUUGAAUACACCUACCCUGAUAACGCUCUUCAACAACUAAUAAUGAUUCCACAAGAUAUAGAAGUUCUUUGUCCAUUUUUUUAUCCUUUUGAAGUUAGAAGUCAAGAAAUGCAAUUUAUUGUCGAUCAAAUAUUUGCUGGAAACAGAAUAGGAGAUCCUUCUCCAACACCAUCUGAAAUAGAACGCCGAGAAGAACAGCGUCUAGAAGAAGAAAAUCGUAUGAGAGAGGAAAGGGAAGCUGAAAUUAAAAGAAAAUUAGCUAUGGGAGAAGACAUUCCACUAUCAGAGGCCUCAAUUGUAUAUACUGCAGAAGAACUGGAAGAAAUGAGAAAACUCGAAGAGUAUAAUGGACAUAUUAACAACAUUCAAAGAAUGGAAAGAUCUAGACGUAAAGUUAGAGAAAGAGUGCAUAAAAUGAAUGAACUGCAUAAUACGUAUAUAGAACUGGCAGGUCUCAAAGCCCCUCCAGCUAGAGAGGAAUUAAAAAUAAGAGCUGCAAAAGUAAUACAGUAUGCGUAUAGACUUUUCAUGAAAUUAAAAAGAGAUAACGUUAAGGAAUUGAAAAGAAAAACUAUAAUGGGUAUGAUUAUGCCAUCGUGGAGUCCUCCAUCAGCCAAAUUACAACUAGAAAAAGUUAAAGAAGAACGUAGAAAUAUUCGCCGAAAAUACUUUGAAAAGUUUUUGGCAGAAAAACUCAAAGAAGAUGCUCGAGUUUUCAAACUUCGUGAAGGUGACAUAAUGGAUGAUAUAACAGCUGAAAUAAAUGAUUGGCUUAGAGAAUGGUACAAAGAGGUUAAAAUUUUUGACGAGUUUCCGUAUCCUGAAGAAGGAGGCUCUAUAUUGAUUGUUCGAGGGGAUACAAUGACAGUAGAAGAAUAUAUUGUAUGGCGUGAAGCUGAAGAUAAACGAUUAAAAGCUCAGGCUGGGGCAAAAAAAACAAAGGAACAAAUAAAAGCAGAAAAGAAAUACGAAGAGGAAGAAAGAAAGCGAAUAGCACAAGAAGCUAAAGAAAAGGAAGCGAAGCGAAUGCUUGAUUAUAAAAAAUCUCGUCACAAUCCAGAUUUUGAUCCCGGUAUAUAUUUAUACAAAGGAAAUACAUUAGAUCGUUUACAAGAGGCGUGGUUUGAUUAUCAAGAUCAGUGGAAAAGCAUUGAUAUUGCAGAUGCUCCAGUAGACGCAAUAAAGGGCUAUAUAUUGCAACUAAUUAUAGAAAAUGCUUAUCAGAGUGCGCAAUUUGAGCUUCGUCCAAUUGUUGACGAAGUGAUGAGACUAGAACUAAAACUUUUGAAUAAAUCCUGUAAAAAUGAUUGGUUGAAAGGCGGCGUCGCUAAACCACCAACUAGCCAAAAAAGAGUAAGACCUAAGCCACCUAAACCACCAAAUCCUGAAAAAUUUAAACCUGAAAGAAUGUUUCAAGAACUGGUAGAUAAGGGUAUAAUCAAAAAAUACCCACAUAAAACUUUAGAUGAUUUCUGGGGCGAACGAAACUAUGCCGCCGCAGAUAUGAGAGCUGUUCUGUGGACACCGUCGUUUCCACUACCAUGCCUUGGUGAUGUUAAAGAGUUAGUAAGAACGCGAUGUAUUUUAACAAUUGGUUGUUCUUGUCCAAAUGCAGUCAGAUCACAGUUGUUCGUGGGCCCAAGCGGAUCCGGUAAAAGGACCCUCAUUUAUGCUGUAGCAACAGAAACAAAUUCCAUAUUAAUUGAUCUCUCACCAAUGAACGUUAGUAAAUAUCCCAAGAAAAGACUCAAAAGAUUGUUUCAAUUCGUCGGUAGAAUAAGUAAAUUAAUGCAACCUACUGUUAUAAUGGUGCACCAAGCUGAUAAACUGUUUUAUAAGAAAGUACCCAAGGAAGAAAAAAAGUCAGAUCCAACAAAGUUGAAAAGAGCCUUUUAUAAAGAAGUAGUGAAACCAAUUGGAGCCGAAGAUAAGAUCUUGGUCUUAGGUACAGCCACUGAGCCGUGGGUUUCAAAAGCCAAACAAAUGUAUAAAGCUUUUCCAUCAGUUAUAAUGAUUCCGAGGUCAGACUAUGGUAGUUUGUCAUUUAUUUUGUCGAAAAUGCUAUUGGCAUAUCCUGGAGUGGCUCGUGAUUUCAAUGUGCAAAGUUUAGCUCAAAUUUUGCGAGGUUACGAUUUGCGUUCCGUAAUAAAAUGUGUAAACGCUGUGAUGACUCCAGAGAGAGUAGCUAUGCUGUACUACAAGCCUCUUCAUCCAAUGGAGAUUCUGGAUGAAAUAAUAGAAUGUGAAGAAGCAGUGUGCACUGAUGACGAGGACUAUGAGAUGUAUAUGAAUUGGUAUCGCUCGUAUACUAAGUGGGGCGCGAAGUAUUUCGAAUAUAUGGCAAUGCUGGAGUCACAACUGAGAUACAAAUUGAAAAAAGACGAAAAAGAAAAUAAAAACGAAUAAGUAUGAAAAUGUGUUUUUAUAACUUUUAAUUUCACUAAUUGUGUAGGUGAAUUCUUUUACGUCACUGUAUGUUAUGGUAAUAUCAUUUUGGAUAAAUUAAUUGUUGAUGAGAUCCAACUUUCAAUAAUACGAUUUUUGUAAGAUAUCUA